AUGCCGAGCGCCAAGCAGCUGGCUGACAUUGGCUACAAGACCUUCUCCGUCUCCAUGAUGCUGCUCACUGUGUACGGGGGCUACCUCUGCAGCGUCCGGGCCUACCACUACCUGCAGCUGCGCAGCCUGCGGCGCCGGGCUGCGGAAGAACAGAAGCCCUCGGGAGCCCUGUAGAGCUGCGGGCCCGUCUCCCGAGCAGGCAGGCCUGAGGUGUGCUGUGGGAAGACCUCCCUUGCAGGCAUCGCCAGAUCGAGAGACCCAUGGCCUGCUUGGUUUUCCACUCGGGCUAGAAGGAGGAGCUGUGCUUUCUUUGGAACUGCUCGCUUGUGCCGGUUUCACCAGGCCUGUGGGAGCUGUGAGGGUGAAGUACACUUGCAGACAUUAAAUGGUUGGUCGUG